AUGCGUUGGAUAGCACUGCUUGAAUUCGCACACGAUGAUGUAAAGGAAGAGUUGACAUGGUCGAAAGUGGAUGUCGAAAAGUUGGAUCGCGAAAAAAUUCUCAGUCUGAUCCAUGAAGUUGGAAUCGCUCACUCGCUUCGUCCCUUCUUGUGGCCUCGCUUUUGCGGUGCAACAAAAAAGAAAGCUGCAAGUACAUUCAGUUACGCCGAUGUAGUUAAACAGUGUGAUAACGAUAAGCGAUCGAUAAGCGCACAAAUUGAAAAAGAUUUGCCAAGGUAG